AUGGAUUCUUCUUCUUCUUCUUCUUCCAAGCGUAGAAGGAAUUACGAUGUCUUUCUCAGUUUCAGAGGCACGGAUGUCCGCAAUAACUUUGUCGAUCAUCUCUACACAGCUGUAGACCAUUCAGGAAUAAACACUUACAUUGACAGUGAAGAACUUGGUAAGGGAGAGCAGAUAUCAACCACGCUUAUGGAGGCAAUUGAGGAAUCAAAAAUUGCGAUCAUUGCUUUCUCAGAGAACUAUGCCUCUUCACUGUGGUGUUUGGAAGAGGCGGUGAAAAUCAUGGAGUGCAAGGAGCAAAGAGGCCUCGUGGUUUUUCCGGUGUUUUACAAAGUGGAACCCAGAGAAGUGAGAACGCCGGGGAAAGGUAAAGGGGAGAGACAGAGUUAUGGAGAAGCUAUUGCGGAGCAUAAGAUCAAGUUCGGGAAGGAUUCAGAAAAAGUAAAGAGAUGGCAAAAAGCUCUUCUUGAUGCUGGUAGCUUGUCUGGCUGGCAUCAUACCGAUGGGUACGUACAUCACUUCUUCUACUUCAGUUGGUCUAAAUCUUUCGAUACUAUUUUCUUUCUCAAGAACACACUCUCGUCAGACACACACAGCACAGAGCACACGUUCGGAGCGCACGAACCAGAGCACCAUAUACAAGCCGUGUCUUCUCCGACCCUCCGCUGA